UGGUAGGAGGAGUGAGUGAAUUUGAUUGUCGUCAGAACUGGAUUGCCAUAUGAGUUCUGAAAAGCGUUUGGCUCCUGAGGAUAGCUGCUCUAAAAAUAGGCUUGGAGGAGAGGUUUCUCUUGGGUCCAGUUUCGUGCUCCAGCUGAGCUGGCUUUAGGAAACUUGUUUGCUCCUGUUGCAAGACUACAGUGAGGAUAAAUAAUUUCUUAUUCUGCCUGCAACGUUCCUUUUUGGAGAUACCGACACAUUCGCUCUGUCUGUGGAAAUCGAGCCCUAAUGUUAUGGCUGACGACACAGAGAGUAAGCAUGGAGGAGGCAGGAAUGGAAAGAAAGAAGGCCUCUCUGGAAGCUCGUUCUUCACCUGGUUUAUGGUAAUUGCUUUGCUGGGAGUUUGGACGUCAGUAGCAGUUGUCUGGUUUGAACUUGUAGAUUAUGAAGAAGUUCUAGGCAAGCUUGGGAUAUAUGAUGCUGACGGAGAUGGAGAUUUUGAUGUGGAAGAUGCUAAAGUAUUGCUAGGUGAGGAGCCAGGAGGGGUAGCCAAGAAAAAAACUAAAGUCAAAGUAAAAGAAGCUGUCAAAGAACCGCUCAAGAAAUUAAGGGAGAAGCAGGAACCCAAGAAGGAGGAAAUCAAAGAUGAGGAAGAAAAAAAGAAAGCCAGGAAAGGAAAAGAUGCUACAGAUCGAAAGGACAAGAAAGCUGUUGACGUGAAUAAAGUAAAGAAAGAUCCUGACAAGGCUAAAAGAGACAGAGGGAAGGAAAAGGAAAAAGGCCUAGAGAAAAAUGUAAAGUCCAAGGAGACUACCAAAAAAUCAGCAAAUGGAAAGGAUGGUGCUAUUCAG